GUAGACCAAAGAGUGGAAAGGUGGGGCUUCAAAAGGUAAUGAGAAAGAUUUCGGAGAGGCAUUGAAUAAGAGGCAAAGAUGGGUCAUGCACUGCUGUUGCAUACCCUUUUAAAAGCAGCUGUUAUUUGAAGAAUUCAUCAGAAGCUGUGUUGAGACUUGUAGCGUCUGGGCAGGGCCCGUUUUGAAGAAGACGGAGAAGAGAAUAUUGGAUUGAGAAAUGCAUAGAAAAUACUGUGAAGAAACCUAGCCGAGCAGGAAACAAUGGGCAAGUGAAGAGUCCUAUAGCAGAAGAGUAUUUAAUCCAAGGGGUGUAUGUAUUUCACGAGGUAACUUGGAAAAGGAUAUAAGAAAUUUGAAAGAAGAGAAAGGAGGAGGGCAUCUGGAGUUAAAAUACUUCAAGAGAACAUUUGUCCUUUUUUUCUGGAGAGAGGAACGUGGACAAAAUAAAAAGUGAGGAUAAUAUUUGGGAAAACCAGAUUGUGAAGAAGUGUUUUGGAUACACAGAGGAAACAACUGCAAAUUAGGAAGGGGAGGAGAGGAAUACCGCCAGGGUUGGUGAGAAGUUUUGAAGUUAUUUGCAAUCUGCCCGGUGGCACUGUGCACUGUCAUGGCGGUCCCAACCGGAGUGGAGGAUUUUGCAGAAGACCUGCGUUGUUCGAUCUGCCUGGAGCUCUUUCUGGAUCCUGUCAUGCUGGAAUGUGGGCACAAUUACUGCCAAGCUUGCAUUACCCGCUACUGGGCAGAGAUACCCGUCAACGGUGGAGCGGACGUGCCACAUCCCACUUGCCCGGAGUGCCGGCGUGAGAUCCCAGAGGGAAAAUUCACAGCCAACCGGGUGCUGGGGCAGCUGGCAAGGAAGGCCAUGGAGUCUCUCUCCGCUCAUGCUAGUGAUGAGGAUGCCGAAACGGAGCAGAAUGACGAUGAGGAGUUGCAGGGGGACAGACUCUUUUGCACCGACGACGGCUGUCUUGUGAGGUCGUUGCAACUGGAGCAUUGGGGACAUCCAUGUCUUCCUUUAGAUGAGGCUGUGGAGCACUAUAAGGAGAUCUUAACAGCUGCUCAAGCAUCACUGGAAACAAGAGCCCAAGCAGCAAGACUACUGCAAGAGCAGAGUGCCCAGAAAAUUCCAGAAAUUACAGCUCAGCGGCUCCGUUUGGAGCAGCACCUCUCGGCCCAGUUCAUUGAGCUUCACCAGUGGCUCCAGGAGAAGGAGGCGGCCAUGAAGAGGACACUCCGGCACGAGGAGGAACUCCUGGUGAGCGAACUGGAGAGGAACCAGCGCAAUGGGCAAGAGCAAAUGCACAUGGCAGAGGAACACAUGGCUAAGAUCCAAACUCGGCUUGAGGAACACCAAGACCCUGAAACUUUCCUGAAGGACAUCAAGGUCUUCACAGAGAAGUAUUGUCUCAGUGAAGAAAAGUGGUCUACCUUGCCCACAGUUUCUCGUGGUUUCAACUUGGGCCAGUUCAAGGGCCCAAUUCAGUACAUGGUGUGGAAAGAAAUGUUGCCAGCCCUGAGGCCUUCUCCUUGCUUUAUAACCUUGGAUCCUGCCACCAACCACCCCAACCUUGUGCUUUCUAAGGAUCUUGACACAGUACGCCUGGAGGACAACCCUGAGGAGGAAGUCCCUGAUGGGCCAGAGAGGUUCAGCAAGUCUGUUUGCGUUCUGGGUGCCCAGGGGUUCACUUCAGGGCGGCAUUACUGGGAAGUCAAAGUGGGAGAUAAAACCAGCUGGGACAUUGGUGUGGCCAAGGAGUCGGUCAACAGGAAGGAAGCCAAAGUAACGGUCAAGCCCAGCAAUGGAUUUUGGGCCAUUUGGUUGAGGAACGGCAAUGAGUACAAGGCCUUAGACUCUCCAUCCAAACAGCUGUAUCCAAAGGUCAAGCCCCAGAAAGUGGGGGUCUACCUGGAUUACGAAGGGGGACAGGUCUCCUUCUAUGAUGCUGACACCAUGGAUCACAUCUUCACCUUCUUGGACAUUUUCACUGAAUGCCUUUACCCAAUGUUCAGCCCAGGUGUCAACAAAAAUGGACUCAAUGGUGAACCCAUGUGUCUCCUGACUCCUCUGGUGUAACAGGAACUAACAGGAACCAAGCAUAACCCAGAUUUGACUUUAUUUCAGUUGGGAACCAUUGAGAAGGGGCUUAAUUCAUGGCACAUUUGUGGAGUAAUGUGGCUGUAGAAGUCCCUUUCUAAAAAGACCCGACUGGCUCCCUCCUUGAUGUCAUUAGAUCAGCAGCUGGAAACAUCUUUAUUGUAUAGGCUUUUGAGAACUAAUUCUUUAUAAGGAUAGGACUUGUGUAAAUACACACGAUUACAUUUGCCAUACCAUUUUUAUAAGUUAUACAUUGUUUUUCAUCUUCAGAUCAUUUAAUUAUAUUUUAACAAUAUGUUUUUAAUUUUUUUACCCAGUUUUUUUUAUCUGUAGUGGUUUCCAUUUUUCUAUAAGCUUCCUUGUGUUAUACGCAAAAUAUAUAUAGAUAAAGGGGGUAAAGACAGAACAAGAAGGGGGAAAGAAGGUCAAAGCGAACAAUCUGAUGGCAACUGGAUGGGAGGCCAUUUUGGAAGAAAAAUAAGGAAUAGACAUGCAAUAACAAUGUUAGAGAUACCUCUCCUUCAGAAGAGGAAGGGGAGCAGGAACAUGUUCAUGAAUCUGAUGUUGAGUUGGAACCUGAGGAGGAGAUUUUGCAUGUACCCACAUUUCAGGAGAGGUGAAAGGAAACAGAGCAGAGACGUUGUUCAGCUAGAAUAGCUGCCAGAAAUGCAGCUGAGUGAUUGGGAACUGCCCUAGCAGCUGCGAGGGGACUCAGGGCUAUAAAGCAGAAGCAGGUGCAGCCAGCUUUUGCUGGUAACAAACUGACUCUUCGCUCUCCUUGUGCCUGCUUUGAGUCUGCAUCUGGGAAACUGCUCCUAAAGAUUUAUUGCUGUUUCUUUGUCUAAAGUAAGACUGCUAUUUGAUUUGAGAAUUUAUCAGAGACUAAGAACUGUGUUUGCCCUAAGACUUCCUUGCUUUCGUUUGCAUUAUUUCACUGAGUGUGCUGUUCUUUAUGUUUUGCUGAAGUACAGCAGUGUUCAUUUACUUACCACAGUGUUUUAAGGCUGUUCUUGAAAGACAAAACAGGACAAACAAUUCGUGUUUUCAAGGCAGAAACAACUGCAGUUUUGCAAGACUGAGUUAUGAGGUGACACUGCCUUGCAAUGAGGUCUUGAGAAUGUCAUCAGCUCUUUUCCUAUCUGGUCUUUGUGAUACUUGAAUAUGUCAAUAAACUUAUUUGGCCCUCAACAAUUUGCUGGAACCUCUCUCUAAAUACAGACUAUCUACCUACUCCCUUCUAUUUACUUUAUCUCCAAGUACUGAUAAUACAUUAACAGCUGCACUUCCAAAUGUAUAUAAGCACAACACAUAGGCAGACAAUUUUAAAGCUGCAUUUUGAAGAACAUAUGUCCCAAUCUAUACCCUUGGACAGUACCAGUUAAUCCUCUACUAUCCCAUUUUACAUAUGCUUUUAAAUUUUUCCAAUGCCUUCAGCCGGCAGGAGAGGAUAGAAGAGGGCAGAAUCUUGUCCUUCCUGAUAGGUUCAAACAAAAAGAAAAGUUUGCAGCCUACUCUACCUUGAAUGUCCUUCCUUAUUAAUAACAUGCUUGGCUAAUACAAAACGUGGUAUAUUAUGCUUUCAGAACCAGCAUAGUG